AUGCCCCAGCCCUACUACGUGUCUGCAAUUGCCCAAGGCCCCGACUACGAGGUGCUCGACACCGACGACCAUGCACACCCGUCCCUGCAGUCGAAGGUCGUCAUUGUGGGCGACUCCGGGUGCGGUAAGACGUCGCUCUUCUCGUCGUACAUCCGCGGGUCGUUCCCGCUGGCGUACGAACCAACGAUCUUCGAGAACCACCGCACGUUUGUGAAACAGGUGCAGUCGAAAACGGUGCUCUCGGCAGACUUGUGGGACACGGCCGGACAGGAGGAGUACGAGCGGUUGCGCCGGUUGAGCUACCAGGACGCGGAUGUGGUGGUGGUGGCCUACUCCGUGGAUGCGCCCGAGUCGUUGCCGAACAUCCACGAGGUGUGGGCGCCCGAGGUGAUGACCUAUGCGCCCCACGCCUCGAUUGUCCUCGUCGGCCUCAAGGACGACAUGGUGCACGCCGUCAGCCCGGCCCACGCGUACCAGGUUGCCGAGAGCAUCGGCGCCGUGGCACACCUCGCCUGCUCCAGCAUCCGCAUGCACAACGUCAACGAGCUCUUCAACUGCGUCUUCAACACCGCCUACAACAAGGCCCGCAUGAAGAAGCACCACAGCACCAAGCAAGCGCAGCAGCUUUGCCCCAAAGAAGUUCAAGAAGAAGAGCAAAUGUACAAUCCUGUGAUCACCGCCGGCCUCCCUCCACAUCCACCGAACGCAUCUUUUCUAUGCAUCUACCACUACGACUUCCACCAAAAGAAAGACUACUCUCUGUGCAAGGAGAUCUUGAAAAUCGUGAAAAUCAAACAGGCAUUUUUCCUCUGGCUAGACCCCAAUGAUGUCAGUGUCGCCCUCUAUGAGGUAUCUGCCAUCCACCCUCCCUCGGAGCCUUCACCGACAUAUGGCCAUCCGAUGACAAAGCACUCGACUGUUCUCCUCCAUGCUGCCAAGAAACUCAAAUUUGUCCUGCUAGCUACGGCAACCCUUAUCUGUUUCCUGUGUCUUCGUUCCGGAGAAAACCGCAAGCCAACGGUGGCCGAAACGAUCCACAAUCAAGCCUCUGUCGACUUCUUUUCCCCCGAACUGGCCUACAGACCCAUUUACAAGGUCAUUGAGGACUCUUAUUCCGUGGAAGACUUCGCCAAGAAGCCGCUGGCUGAGAAAUGCUACUUCUACUUCGAACGUUUGCACGCAUACAACCCUAACUGGUGGACAAGUCCCAAACUCGGGACUGAGUAUACCCACGAGAAUUUGCAGAAGAGUGAGGACCUCGUCCACAUGAACAUCUACAACCACUGCUUCAUGGGCAAUGCCACCGGUUCCGACCCCACGGCCUAUGAGAAGUUACAUGUUCUAUUCAACAACAUAGACACUCGUGUGUAUCCUUACCUCAGCGGAAAAUUACCACUCUUCCAGCAUUGGACCGGCAGCAUCCAUGUUGGGCCUCCACUGCUGGAGGCUUACCCGCAAAACGUUGCCGAGUCUGUCAUUGAUGAAUCGACGUUCGCUUACGACCCUUCCCAGUUAAAAACCUGGGAAUCUUCUUCCAUCUAUCCGAAGGAUAAACCGUUUUGGAACCACUACAAAGAUAAACUGAACAAUGUUGGCAUUGUUCUUUCAGUCAACGACGCACUAGUAGAAGAGACGAUGGCGCUACUCAGUCUUCUUCGAACGCUCAACAACGAACUUCCCAUCGAGUUUCUCCAUAGAGGUGACCUUUCUUCUCUAAAUAAAUACAGGCUUUUUCAAGUGGCACGGGCAAUAAAAGCCCCAACAACUCUAUCGACUUUCCCAAAACAAGACAUUUGGUUUGUGGAUGUCUCAUUCUGUUUGAGCGACAAUUAUCAGAAUGAGUUCCCUAAAUUCUUCAACAAGAUGCUAGCUUAUGGAUUCAACAGCUUCAAGACUAUGAUCAUGUUGGAUACAGAUGUGGUCUUGUUCCAGACUCCAGCCAGUCUGCUAGACACAUCACAGUUUAAACAGAGUGGAACUUUAUUUUUCAAAGAUAGAAACGUCGACAUGCAUAUGAGUGCUGCUUACAUCGACUUUCUGAAAAACACAUCACCAAAUUACAUCGACAGCUUCAUCUUUGGAUUAAUCCCCGUCAGGAAAGAAACUUGGGAAGGUGAGUAUUUUAAGGAAAGGUACUUCCAUUAUAUGGAGUCUGGUGUCGUUGUUGUGAACAGAGAUAAAUACUGGAAUGCAGUUAUCCUCUCCCUCCAUUUAUCGUUCAUACAGUCGACGAUGAUUGGAAGUUGGGGCGAUAAGGAGCACUUCUGGGUGAGUAUGCUUUUGUCCGGGCUGGAUGAUUACAAGUUUGACGAUUACUGGACUGCGUCUGUGGGUAGCCCCAUAAGAAAUGAAGAUGGAGUCAAAUACCACAAAAUAUGCUCGGCACAUCCUUCCCAUGUACUUUCCGACAACAACGAACUCUCGUGGAUCAAUUCGGGCAUCAUCAAUUGUCCGAAAGUUUCUCAUCAGUUGGCCUCCAAAGAUUUUGAUCUUUUGAAGGAAAUAUCAAAUCCACAUGGCCGCAGCUUUGCAAAUGUACAAGAGUUGGAGAAAUUUUAUACCACGCCUAUUGCCUUUGACGCAUUUAUUAUCCCGCCUCUUGCAAAGAAUAAUAUUGGCAACUCCAACCUGGAAGACGGUAAGUAUUCGAACUUGGGCUUGCAGCAGCUUUCUACCUGUAAAGGAUACACGUGGUGCUCGUAUGAUACCAUCGGCGAAGGGCAAACGCCAGAAUGGAAGGGAAUUUACAAGCACUUUACUGGGAAGCAAAUACAGUGGUACAACUAUAUUGCUGAAAGCUACGUGAAAGCUUCAUGA